AUGCAACAUGGGCACUCCCCUGCCUGUCGUUCGUGCAAGCCCGUGCAGGAGACACGUGGAGUGUCGUUGAUACAGCUAUCCUCCGUGGCGUUUUCAAACAGCUUGACGGAUACUCUAUCAUGGCUUUUCUGGGUUUCGAGUAAGAAGAGUUCAGAUUGGGAGAAGGAGCUCGAGGAAGGAUUCCUAGACGAAGUGUACACGCUUGGCGUUGAGCCUGGGGUUUAA